CAGAUAUUAUCAGUAAUUUGCUAGCUAGGUUAACUCUAGCAGUUAUCAUGGUUGUGUCAAAUCCUGUCAGAAGAUCGACCUCCUGCAGUCGAGCCCUCCUCUCCUCAGCUGUUUCACACACAGCCAUGUUCUGCUGUUUGCACUGACCCGUGUGGAUUGUAGAUCCAUCGUCCGUCAUCAAUUGCAGGCUUUAUACCGCAUUUCUGUAUUUGUAAGAUAUAAAAUCCGUGUGAUAUCUCAUCGCUGGAUCGUGUGUGGGAUGUUGAGGGGGUAAAUUUAUGGCGGGUGGAUUGAAUCCAGGCCAGAGACAGAUCUCCUCCUACAGGAGCUCCAGUGCCGGGGUGGAUGCACUGAUCCACAAGGAGUUGCUGAGGUGUGAACCGAGGCUGUAACAACCAAGGCCCAGCAGCAAACAUACCUCAAGGUUUCUGCUGGAGGACCAUUGGAGAACAGCCCUAAUGGAGGACACAGAAACCGAGCUGACUUCAUCUGAGCCAGACGUUCUUGGGGCGGACUUCAUCACUGUGGAACUAGACACCCAGCCCAUUGAAUAUGUGGUCAAAUGGGCUGAGGUUGGCUCCAAGUUCACUAUAUCCUGUGUGAAAAAGGAUUCGGACGAGGGUGCUUGUUUCACCUCUGACCAAUUUGUCAAGGUUGAGCCGGACGAGCGGUACGAGGCGAUGUACACGGAAUGUGAGGACAUAGAUCCGAGCCUGAUUGCCUCACAGGAGGUGGUAAGGAGCGAUGUAUAUGUGGAUGAUCACAUGGAGCUGGUGAACCACCAACUGGUGGAUGAGGAGGAGGACAGCAGCAGCAGCAGUAGCAGCAGCAGUGAUGAUGACGAUGAAGAUGAUGACAUGGAGGAGGACGAGGGUUCUGAUGGUGACUGUGAGGGAAGGGGUUCAAUUUCCAGAGACAAGCGCUUUAACUGCCAAUUGUGCGACAAGAGCUACAGCCAUUCCUCCAGCCUGGCGCGCCACUUGCAUGUGCACGCCACAGGAGGCUCUCCUAAACCGAGGUUGGGGGAAACGCAGAAUCUUCUCCAGUGCAACGUGUGCGGGGCCCAGUGCAACGGAAAACGGCUUCUGGCGAUACACAAGAAAAGCCACAAAAGCAAGAGACACACAUGUGACACAUGCGGCAAAAACUUCAGCCACAGCUCCAGCCUGUCACGGCACAAGCUGAUUCAUAGAAGAGCCCUGGACCAGAAACUGAAGCCGCUGUACCAGGCGCCCACCCCGGCACCCGUUAUGACUGGGACCCAGCGCAGGCGGGUCCCCAAGAAAAAGAAGGUUUCAGUACAAGCAGAAAACAAGUUUGUGGCAGGGGAGCGGGAGAAACAGUACCAGUGCACGCAGUGCGAUAUGGUCUUCAGCACCUCCACCAGCCUCUCCAAGCACCAAGUGUCCCACGUGCGGCAGCUGCUCAACUCCUAUGCCCAGGGCAAAGACGCCCUCGACAAGUCAUCGGAUCUAAAAAUCCGUCUAAAACUCUGCUCCCGGGACAAGCCCAACUAUUACACGCUGUGCAAGAAGAACAAGCGCGGAAAAGGAGGCAGGAAGGGGUUGCCCCUGCCGCUGCCACCUGACGAUGACUGCGAAGGAUCCUUCAGCCACGCCGGUGACUUGGACGUAGACGAGCACAUGCACGGCAAUGAAAAGCUCUACGGCUGCAACUCCUGCAAGAAAACCUUCGUCCGCAUGUCGAACCUGAAGCAGCACCAGCAGACGCACGCCAUGGGCAAAAUGUACGAGUGCCAGCACUGCGGCAAGACGUUUGUCCACUCGUCCAGCUUCUCGCGGCACAAGAAAGUCCACGCAGGACUGAACCAGGUGCCCAAUUAUUGUAGUCAGGAUGAGACACUUGAUGAGACCGCACCGCUUGAGUUCGAUUCCGAGUGAGAAGACCGAGAGAACAGUUCUGUAAAUUUCCCAACACAGCUGAUGGAAAUAAGGCCUGUUUAUUUUUGUUGUGGUUUCUUUUUUCUUUUUUUCCCCUCCCUGUUCCCCCCAUACAUAAUUUUUUUUUCUGUUGAUUUGGCAUUGCUCUCAUUGUGAAGUGGGGUUUGAUGUCAUUGACCGUGUUGUCAGCAGUAGGCUUUGAUUUUUAUUUUUGUUUGUUUUUCUUUAGAUUUGUUUUGUUCAUUUCUUUUUUUGGGGUACAGCUCAAGUAUAUGCUGGCCAUCACCUGGCAGUGUGUAAAGUAAAACAUUUGUACAACUUGUUUGUUCACAUUCCCUUUUUUGUUUUAGUUUUUCUUUUUUCUUCAAAUUAUUGUGUAAAGAAUUGACGUUAACAAUGCAAGUGUUACAUAUUUAUUAACGCUUGCGCUAUAAAUACCCAUGGCACUGAAACAAAGCAAAGUACUUAGAAGGGAGAGGGAUGCUGUCCAGAAUAAAAUAAGUAAGGAGUAGUUUCAAUUGCGCCUCCAUAUUUAUGGGCAUUUAGGCAAUUUUGUGGUAGAUGGUGCUGCUCUUUAAAAAAGAGAGGUAGCUGUUGUUAUUUGGAAGUUGGAAGUGUGGAUUUGGAAUUACUAUACAAAAAAGUAGUAAACAAUGUAAUCUUUAUUUAUUUAUUUAUCUAUUAAAAUUUUGGGUGUUUUGAACUAAUAUCCCACCUACCCUCUUGCCUUCAAUGUAAACCAACACGUACAACACAUACAACAUGCACAGAACUAACUAUUUGAAGUUGCUUUAAUAUAAAGGAAAAGUACAGUACACACAUGCACACCUUUACAGUGAAUUGUAUUUGUUGGUUUAGAUGUUGGUUGAAGUACUAAUUGGUAAAUUUGUUACCCGCCUAAUAGAAUAGUCUAGAUUAUAUUUAUUUGAAUUGUUUUUGGGGGAAAGAAUGACUUUUUUUUUUUUCUUGGUUCCUGUGUUGUCUCACAUUUCACAAAUCUUUUUGUGAACCAGUUUGUUUGUUUGCUCUGCACAGUCCAUGUUGUUCAUUUUGCUCAUACUGUUCUUCUUUCAUCUGAUAAUUAAAGAGCAAAAGAUUUGAAAGGUUGCUUGUCGGUUUCUGAACAAUGUAAGAUUCAUGCGAGUUACGUGGAACUGCGUCUCGGACGUCGACACGUGUGAUUCUGAAUGCUUUGGGGAGAAAAAACAAUGACUUAAUAUUAAUUAGCGUGUGUGUGUGUGCAUGAUGAAUAUACUGAGAGAAUAUACUCAUGAAAAAAAAUAUAUAUACAUUUUAAAUUUACUGUAUAUGUGUAAAAAUGAAAAAUGUUGAAGUGGGGGAGGGGAAUGUGUAACUUGUGUGAAUGAUGAUUUGUUUAAACUUUGAAUCAUUUAUGGACUAGCCAAGGGACUUCAUAUUUCAAAAAGUUGCACUAUUGUAUUUAUAGAAACGUUUAAAAAAGCACUACGUACACAUGAAUUCGGAAUAUGAUGUUAAAGGGGAAUUUCACUGAUUGUUCAGUAUUUAUGUACAAGAUGUAAAAAGUCCCUCAGGGUGGUUUGUUUUGUAGAGGUUAGUUUUACUAGCUCAGUUUGCUUUAACAGUGGUGGUGAUGUGAACCAGCAGUCACCAUGUCUGUGAUGCAAAUAUAUGCAUUGUAUUUACUAUCAGGAAACGGCAGUGAAUCAAAACUUUUUUUAUGUUAUAAUCAAAAUAAUAAUAGUGAUUACCCCAAAAGAUGUUUUACAUACAGCUUCCUGCAUGUACUUCUCCACCUUAAAUCACUUUAAAAGGAAGUACAUUUUAUGCCAAAAGCUUGUUAUAAUAUGUGUUUCAGGAAUCUGAUUACCAUCCCCACAUCUGAAGUUGCUAAAGUUCUUUACAGAACAGAAUUGGCGCGUUUCACUUCAGACUACACAGAACGACUGUUUACAUCUUGAUGCUUUAAUACAGGAAUAUAGAACAAUCUGUAAAAUUCCUCUUUAAGGGUAACAAAAAGUGGGCCUUGCAAGACUGAGAAAAGCGAAUGCUUUUUUUCUCUUUAUUUUAAGCAGCGCAGUACCAUUUUCACAUUGGUUUUAAAGCUUUGAUUCAUGAGA